AUGUUUGAUAUUUUACAACACGACGAGCAUCUAGCUCCUCGAGCUUGCUCUCCUGCCAACCAUCCCUCCCCGAAGCUCGGCGACUUUGCCUCCAUCUUUGACGUCUGGAACGGCCUUGGCAGCAGCCAGAGCGACGAUGACACCUCCGACCGAACGCUGACCGACUCUGAGCUUGAUGACACUUCGACGUCUGUCGAAUCUGUCGACAGCGCUGUAGCAGCUAAAAAUAAGGAGAUUGUUGCCCGUGGCUUGGCCGUUGGCGGACUCUUUGGAGGCCUCGACUUUGCAGAGGUGGCAGCAGCGGGCAUUUCAUCUACGAAAUAUGGCAGCGACAGCGAGGAUGAGGAUGAAGAUGGAGAUGAACAUGACGGUGUCGAUACUGGUGGGUACACUGGUACCGAUACCGGUGCUGAUGCCGACAUUAGUGACGACGGCAUCAGGGCUGAACGCACCAGGACAGAGCGCAAGAAAGUCGAGCGCAGCAUCAAAGCCCGGGUCAAGGCCGAGCUCCUCAAGGCGGAGCGCAUCAAAGCCGAGCGCAUGAAGGCCGAGCGGAUCAAAGCCAAGCGUACCGGCCGUGUCGGCAGCAAGAAAGAUCAGAGGCUGCCCGAUCUGAAUCCCCGCAGUCCGCCUUUCCUGCCCUCAUUAUUGUCGCCUGUUCUGAUGGCGACUCCAACAUACAAAACAACACCCUCCUUUACACAUGAGCAAGACUACGGCGGAUUGUUCAAACACUUUUCCCUCUACAGCCCCAUGUCGUCAUUUGCCCCGGUUGUGAUCCCCUCCAUUCCGCAGCAUGGCCGUGGCUUACCUAUGGGCACGGUCGACGAUAUGAUCAACCCGCUAUAUUGGGCGUCUAGCCAGCAGAAGAUGGCGAUUGUGGAGACAAAGCUGCAGCGCGAAUACGACAUUGACAGCGCGAUACGGAAGAAGCCGGGCGGCAAGCCGAUACAUGUGUUUGUGGACCUGUCCAACAUUGUGAUUGGGUUUUACAUGCGCAUGCGGGCGCUGCGUAAUAUGCCGCCGGGAAAGCGGCUGGCAGUCAUGCCGCCCUUUUUCUUCCACGCGCUUGCACGGAUCAUCGAGCGCGGCCGGCCGGCGGCGCGCAAGGUGACGGCCGGGUCGGUGCACGACAGCGGUAAGCGAUCAGACUGGCCGCAGUACAUGGACGAAGCCGAGGCGCUGGGCUACGAGAUGAACAUCCUCAGCCGAGUGUCGCGGCAGACGGUGACGGCCGGGACGCCGACGACGCCGCAGUCUCCGCGGAAGCGGAAUGGCCAGCACAAGCGGCAGAAGAGCGGCGGGGAACGAGGAACGACGGUGUACAACGAAUCCGGAUCGGAGGAGUCUGCGCGGGAGGAGAAGAGCUCGGGACCGAGCCGGAUGGGCGAGCAGGCCGUGGACGAGAUCCUGCAGCUCAAGAUGUGCCACAGCGUGCUGGACCACAAGGCGGGCACGAUUGUGCUGGCAACAGGCGACGCGGCCGAGGCCGAGUUUUCUGACGGCUUUCUGCGCCAUGUGGAGCGGGCAAUGAGCCACGGCUGGCGAGUCGAGCUGGUCUCGUGGACGUCGGGCAUCUCCAAGGCCUGGCGCGAGCUGGAGCGGCGGCAGAAGAAGGGAUCCCAGCACUUCCGCAUCAUCGAGCUGGAUACGUAUGCCGAGGAGCUGCUGGGCAUCUUUGCCGAGUAG